CUUUCAGAGUUCUCCUGGCAGCCAUCAUGAAGGGUUCAGUCUCGAUCUGCUGUUUCCUCACCCUGCUGAUUUUGCAGGCCACAGCAGAGGAGGAAGAUUUCAUCUCCACCCUGAGAGACAGAUCUCACAUCGAUGAAACUCUGCGGCUUGCAUCAGAGGAAAAAGCAGCAGAUUUUGCAGCUGCCAUCCAGAAGCUGAGGAAGAUCUACCACUCGUCCAUCAAGCCGAUGGAGCAGGCCUAUAGGUACAACGAGCUGAGGCAGCACGAGAUCUCAGCAUACCCCGGACGAACCCUGGGGGACUCAGCCACAGAUGGUGAGAUUACUUCCAAGCCCAUGGUGCUGUUCCUUGGACCCUGGAGUGUAGGAAAGUCCUCCAUGAUCAAUUACCUCCUGGGUUUAAAUGACAGCCCCUAUCAGCUCUACACAGGAGCUGAGCCCACUACCUCUGAGUUUACAGUUAUUAUGCACGGGGAGAAAAUCCGCUCUGUUGAGGGUAUUGUUAUGGCAGCAGACAGCUCUCGCUCCUUCUCUCCUCUGGAAAAGUUUGGCCAGAACUUCCUUGAAAAGCUGAUUGGUAUCGAGAUGCCUCACAAACUGCUGGAGCGGGUGACGUUUGUGGACACCCCUGGAAUUAUCGAGAACCGAAAGCAGCAGGAGAGAGGUUACCCUUUUAAUGAUGUUUGCCAGUGGUUCAUAGACCGUGCAGAUCUAAUCUUUGUGGUGUUUGACCCCACCAAGCUGGACGUCGGCUUGGAGCUGGAGAUGCUUUUCCGCCAGCUGAAAGGUCGAGAGUCCCAGAUCCGCAUCAUCCUUAACAAGGCUGACAACUUGGCCACCCAGGACUUAAUGAGAGUCUAUGGAGCACUCUUCUGGAGCUUAGCUCCCCUCAUUAAUGUCACUGAACCUCCCAGAGUUUACGUCAGCUCCUUCUGGCCCUAUGACUACGCACCUGACACCAGUCGCGAGCUCUUCAAGCGUGAGGAAAUCUCCCUUCUGGAAGACCUCAACCAAGUGAUUGAGAAUCGUAUGGAGAACAAGAUUGCUUUCAUCCGCCAACAUGCCAUUCGUGUACGUAUCCAUGGCCUGCUGGUGGACCGCUAUGUCCAGACCUUUAAAGAAAAGAUGAGCUUCUUCAGUGACCCUGAGCUAGUCUUCCAGGAGAUUGUGGAUGACCCUGACAAGUUCUAUAUUUUUAAAUCAAUCCUGGCCAAGACCAACGUCAGCAAGUUUGACUUACCCAACCGAGAUGCUUACCGCGACUUCUUCGGCAUCAACCCGAUCGCCAACUUCAAGCCUCUGUCAGCACAGUGCUCUUACAUUGGAGGAUGCCUGUUAGAAAAGAUUGAGAAGGCAAUAACCAAUGAGCUGCCCGCUCUUCUGAGCAGCAUCAACUCUGGCAAGCAGCCUGGCCUGUCAUCCUGCGAGGCAACCGGCUGUGGUGAGAAGCCAAAGAAUCGUUACAGAAAGAACUGAGGAAUGUAAAAUAACUCAAGAAGAGAAAGAAAGGAGACAGAGAAAGUAAGAGAAAGGGUCAAUCCUGAUUUUUGUCGGGACAUUGGUAUAGUUAGGGAGACAGAACACAGAAAAGUAUGAGUAUUUUUAUUAUUAAUAAUAUUAUUUUCUCUGGAGAACGAGGGAAAGAUGCAUUUGGGGACUUUGAGAAUGAUCCAGUUAGUGUUUGAAUAAGGCAGCUUAAGGACAAAAAGUGCUGAACACACCACUGUUCACAGAGUUUUGACAGAAUACACACCCUCCUCUCCUUGCACAAUCACACUGGACUGUCUCAAACUGUGAGCUUGGGGAACCACUGAUGUGAAGAAAACUAGAAACAGCAAUGAAUCAUUAAGAGCAACCAUGAGACUGAAAACAAGACAAAUACCAACUCCGCUGUAUGUGAACAAAACAAGAAGAAUGGAGACAGAAAUUCAUUGCAGCAGGUCAAUUCCAAAAGCUUCAGAAGUUGUUUUUGAAGUAGUCAUUUUGUGGGUGCUAUAAAAAGUUUUUACAUUUGGCUGAUCAUUCAAAUCUUUUGCUUUUGAGAUGGACUUUCUUUGCAUGUUAGAUAGCACAUUUUGUUUAUAGUCGCAUGAGUUUUCCUUCUUUCAUAAACAAACAAAAAAAAAGAAUCUCACAGUGCUUUUAAUCACAUGAACCAAUCCUGCAAGCAUCAAAUAAGGCCUGUUUUCUUUCGUUGCGUUUGAACGUUCAUUAGUUCUGGUUGUUGACAACCUGUGAAAUAAGCAGAGGUCAGGGUUCAAGGAUAAGAGUCUUCAAAGCAGAAAGGACUUGUUCAAUCUGCCUCACUUCUUAACUGUUCUUCCUGUUUGUUUGAGUCUAGAAAUGUGCCACUGUUCGGUAGAAAUUCAGUACUGUGUUAGUUUAUUUUGUUUCUUUCAGUAAUAAGCUGCCCUGCAUGUCUCUUUUCAGUGACCAUAAAAAACUUAAUGAAUGAAGUGCUUGAGUUACAGCUGUCUUUUUAUAUUCCCUCUGCCAUUUCUUUCAUGAGUUAAAAGUUUAUUUUUAUUUUAUUUUUUGUGUAAUCUUACAAAUGAUUGUUAAACUGUGUAAACUAUAAAGUCCAAUUUUGAACCAUCACUGUAAGAAAGUAGGGGUGGAUGACUGUCAGUGCGGAUUGGAGGGCUCGUGAAUUGACCCCUGACCUCUACAAAAACAUGAAAUCUCGCAAGUUUGCUCUCAUGUUUUGUAGAAAGUUAUACUUGCAAAGCUGCAAAUGCUCAUGUUGCAUAACUCUGAAGGAUUUCCCUAAUAAACCUGCUCGAAAUACGUUGACUUGGUAUUUUUUGGUCAUACACAGCUUUUAGAAAUUUUGUCAGAAUCUGCUGAACAGUUUGAGGAGAGUCUAGCAUUUUUUUGUUUAAAUAUCUCUUUAUUUGUCUCCAUGUAAAAAUGUUCU